GUUUAAGGUAGUGAUAGUUGGCACUCCUUCCCAAACGUCUUAUAAGAUGGCUGCAGGUGUUGGUCGAGUACAGUCAGCAGUCAGCCGUCAACCAGUCAACAUCUCCAUCUCCUCCUUGCCUCAUCGCCCAGCCAGUGUGCCAAUACAUCAAGUAGUGCCCAGAGAACCACCAUGCGGUCUAUCAUCUUCCUGUCAGCAAUUGUAAUGCUCACCGCUGCCGCUGGUGUCAGGAACAUCGUAUUAAAGUCUAACGAAGGAAUAGACGGUUCGAAUGAGAACUUGUUACACGGAUGCGGAACUGGCAUGCUGAAGCCGAAAUGUGUAUGUCCCAAAGGAAAAGCAUUUAAUGGAAAAACCUGCAUACCUGACCUGUGUGUCUCCAACCCGUGUGAUCCUGGGACCUGCGUUGGUACCGGAACCAGCUACAGCUGCUGCUGUCCAAGUGGCUAUAUGACCACUGGUACCAAGUGUGUUACUGACCCGUGCGCCAAUGUGACAUGCUCUCCUGGCGUCUGUGUUGUGGAUCCCAAGGGCAUUGCAAGAUGUUACUGUCCUGCUGGUUACAUUGACUCAGAGGGCACUUGUUCGCCUGACCCGUGCGCCAGUGUAACGUGCUCUGCUCCUGCUGCCUGUGCUGUGGAUCCCAAAGGCAUUGCUGACUGUUACUGUCCUUUUGGGUACAUUGAAAACAAGGGAACUUGUUUGCCAAAUCUCUGUGAAUUCAGUCUUUGCCUCGGUACAUGUUUAACGAACGGAUUAAUAACUCAAUGCGUGUAAUCACCCCACAAUGAGGAGCUUUCCAUCAUAAACAGCGAUACACUUCAUCAUUGGAAGUGCAUGUCAUCAGUGCUAUGAGAAGCCUUUCAUUAAGGUCAACGAUACAACACACAUAUCCCUGGGAACAUUCAACAUUUUGUUUAAAACGUGGGAACUAAUUAGCAAAAUAUAAAAGAAAAUGAUUUACAACUUGAAGAAAGGGUGAAGAAGAUAUUCCACCCUAUAUUUAGUAAAUAUAGGGUGGAAUAUCAUCCUCUUUAGUAAAUAUAGCGUGGAAUAUCAGCCCAUUAAUAAAUAAACCUUUCAUAUUCCUUGACUUGGCUAAGAACUUUUUGAUGUUUUCUAAUACGUAAAAAUUCCCUUAGGCAGCAAAAUAUUUAGUUUUGGGGAAUUCAGACACUUUCCAACAAGUACAUCACACAAGUUUUGUUUAUUUAUUUACAUAUUAUGAAUGCUUUGGAUCUUUUUAUUUGGCUGUUGCAGGCAAAAAGAGUAAAAUUUAAGUUAGUAUUAUGUAUAGCGUUAUGUAAACUGUGCUUAGAUUUAUUGAUAUUCUUUCUGACAAUCUAAAACUUCAAGGCUAGUAACAACAAUCGCACAGCUUUUAACAUUGAAUUUAUUAAGAUAUAUAUCCAGUAUCCAUAAACAGUUCCAUAACAUUUAGAAAGUAAUGAGUGCCAAUGAUAUUUGGAAUUAAGUUUCAUUUAUUUAACAAUAUUAUGUAAUUGAAAAGCCUUUUACGUUUCAAAGCAAUCAAUAGCAUAUAUAAAAUUUUUUACUAAUAUCAAAAUGCAAACAAUUGUCUUUGAGUGUGCCGCCUGCUUUUAAAUAAGUGUGUUCAAUGCACAUUUCGCUAGC